GUAAUUAUCCGUCAAAAAUCUCAGGUUUAAAUGCCUCUGGGUGCUCGUGAGAAAUACUGGUUGCAUCAAAGCUGGAUUAUGUUCACCAGAGCUGUGCUUUUAUGUUGAGGCUUCUGUGUCGGGAUCAUUUAGGUCUCCAUGGUGCACUGUUUGUCUUCGGAUUUAUGGUAGGCAGUAACUUGUUUGAGUAAAUGGAGCCAUAUGCAACAGAGUGAAAGGCUGUAAUGCAACAAAACAGGAAGACAGACGCCUUUAAGCUUCUUUUAAAAGCUGUGUCACCAUGAUGUUCUCCUCCAGUGAAUAUCUACAGAUCAUUAUUGGUAAAACAAAAAUGAACAGCAGCUGAAAUGCAGCUUCCAUCAGACAUGCACGGUCAUGCACACACACAUGCUGCAGUGGUCUGUAAUUAUAGACAGUGUGUCUCAGGUGGACGGCAGAGGCUGCAGAUUUAGCAGCAGAGGGGGGAGCUGCUGUGAGGUUGAUGUUAACGUCAGGAAGUGAUGCAUGACUGUUCGUUACAGGAAAUGUCAGCCACUAGAAACAUGUUUCACACGUACUGUACAUGUUUCUGCAUUUUCUUCCUGCUGCUAGACAAAGUGUGAUGGUGGAUGUGAACUGCAGGAGCUGUUCUUUGAAACAGAGGCCCUGGGGCAGACCCAGAACAUGCUGGAGGGAUUACAUAUCUUGUCUAGCCUGGGAACACCUCGGCGUCCCCCAGAAGGAGCUGGAAAGUGUUGCUGGAGAGAGGGACGUCUGGAAUACUUUGCUUAGCCGCGACCUGGCAGCGAUUAGUCGAUAGACAGGAGAUUGAUCUGCAGCAGUUUUAAUAAUCAGUUCAUUAUUGGCCCAGCUAACACGGUGGUGCAGUGGUUAGCAUUGUCGCCUCGUGGCAACAGAGUUCUGGGCUCAAACCCACAGGCCGGUGGGGCCCUUCUUUGUGGAGUUUGCAUGUUCUCCCCGUGUCAGUUUGGGUUUCCUCCAGGUGCUCCAGCUUCCUCCCACAGUCCAAAGACAUGCAGGUUAACUGGUGACUCUAAAUUGUCCAUAGGUGUGAAUGUGAGUGUGAAUGGUUGUCUGUCUCUAUGUGUCAGCCCUGUGAUAGUCUGGUGACCUGUCCAGGGUGAACCCCACCUCUCACCCAGUGUCAGCUGGGAUAGGCUCCAGCCCCUCUGUGACCCUGAAUAAGAUAAGCAGUUACGGAUAACGAAUGAGUUCAUUGUUGGUUUUAGGUUCUUAUCCGUAAUGAUUAUCUGGUUUUCCUUGUUUAACAUUACAGUAAAUGUAGUAUAUUUGGGCGAGAGUUGGUUGCAAGACUUUGGAGACGUCAUGAGGGCUGUGAUAAAUUGUGAACGGUGUUUUUUUAUGUUGUAUAGACCAACCCAUUCCCAAUUAUUAAUUAAUGUUGAAAAUAAUCAUCAGUUGCAGCCUUACUUUUGUCAGUUUAAUCUAAAAUAUUACAUGUGUUUCAUUAUGAACUGCAUGCACCCACCAUUCCUGCAAACUUCAUUUAACCGUAUCACCCAGCUCCAGGUAACCUGUAGUUUUUCUUGUCUGGUUGAGGUGGUACACGUUAUUCCAGUCCAACCAUAUGGAAAAAGUUUCCUUUUCACUUUGUGUUUGAGCCGUAUGUUUCCAUUAAACUGUGUACUUUGUGUACGUACUCAAACUAAUGACAGGCACACCUCCUGAGGCAGUGUGUCAGAAUGACACAUCAGCUGUGGGCGGGCUCUUUAGUGCAGUACAGGCGUUAAAAAGAUACAGUGAGCCGCAGAAACCACAUCGAGGAAGUUAGUAAUGACUCAGCUGACUAGGUGACAAAUAAGUCCUACAUGUUUCAUGUGGACUAUAAUUAGGGGAACACAGGAAGGAAACUUCACACAGCACAGAAGGUGGAAGACUGGACCACCUCUAUAAACGUUAACAACAAGGACUUUGUAACCCUUUGAUCAUUUACAGUAAACCUUUUCCCAGCAGCUCAGUUACCUCCAGGAAGGAAGUUCUAAAACCAUGAUAUAACCUCCAGUUUCACAGUUAACCAACAAACCCAGUGACCACAGGACAGGGGAAGCCAGCAUCCUCCACUAUGGCGAGCCAGGACCCUGUCAACCCUUCACAUGCUACGUUCGACCUCUUCGUCCAAGCCCAGACUUGUAAGGAUGUGAAGCAUCACUUUGCUGUGCUCUGCAAGCAACUGGACAUCAGUCCGAAGGAUUACAGGAGCUUCUACUCUAAGUUAAAGGAAAGACUGAACUACUGGAAGGCCAAAGCUCUGUGGACCAAGCUGGACAAAAGGGCUUCUCACCAAGAUUACAAGCAAGGAAAAGUCUGCACCAAAAACAAGUGUCUUGUGUUGGGUGCUGGGCCAUGUGGGCUGAGGACGGCCAUUGAGCUGGCCUUACUGGGGGCACAGGUGGUGGUGUUGGAGAAGAGAGAGUCUUUCUCCAGGAACAACGUUCUCCAUCUGUGGCCCUACACCAUUUAUGACCUCCGCGGGCUCGGAGCCAAGAAGUUCUACGGCAAAUUCUGCACUGGGUCUCUGGAUCACAUCAGCAUCCGUCAGCUGCAGUUGAUUCUCUUGAAAGUGUCACUUCUCCUCGGGGUGGAGGUGCACAACGGAGUGGAGUUUCAGGGCUUGAUUGAGCCCUCGGGAGAAAACGGUUGGAUGGCAAAGCUGCAGCCUGCGUCUCAUCCUGCUGCAUCCUACCAGUUUGACGUCUUCAUCUCUGCUGGAGGAGGCAGGUUUGUCCCUGAUGGUUUUAAACACAAGGAGCUGAGAGGGAAGCUGGCUAUCGGCAUCACGGCCAACUUCAUCAACAGACACACGGCUGAAGAGGCCCAGGUAGCAGAGAUCAGUGGCGUGGCCCGCAUCUACAACCAGAAGUUCUUCCAAGAGCUGCUCAAUGAGACGGGUAUUGAUCUGGAGAAUAUUGUCUACUACAAAGACGACACCCACUACUUUGUCAUGACUGCCAAGAAGAAGAGCUUGCUGAAGAAGGGGGUCAUUAAACAGGACUACAGCGAUGCGGACGAGCUGCUGGCUUCUGCAAACGUGGAUCAUGAGGCUUUGAGAAGCUACGCCCAUGAUGCUGCCAGUUUCUCCACAGGUGGCAAACUGCCCGACCUGCAGUUCGCUGAGAACCAUGCCGGCCAGCCAGACGUGGCCAUGUUUGAUUUUACCUGCAUGCACCGUGCUGAGAAUGCCUCUCUGGUCAGGGAGAGGAAGGGCAAGAAAUUGUUGAUGGCUCUUGUUGGAGAUUGCCUGGUGGAGCCUUUCUGGCCUCUGGGUACAGGUAUUGCCCGUGGGUUUCUAGCUUCUUUUGACACAGCGUGGAUGGUGAGGAGCUGGGGCAUGGGGGUCCCACAUCUCAAGGUCCUGGCUGAGCGAGAGAGUAUCUACCAAGUCCUGUCCCAGACAACGCCAGAAAACACCAGCAAAAACUACGCUGGGUACAGCAUCGACCCCAAAACGCGGUACACACAUGUCAACCUCUCCGCCAUCAAGCCCAACCAGGUGCAGCACCUGUAUGAUGUCGAUAAACUCAGCCCAUCAAGCAAGAAAGUGAAGAACAGGUUGUCUCACAUGCGUCAAGAUUCAGUCAGUGGUUCAGAAGAGUUGUUGAAAUGGUGCCAGAAACACACGGCAGGUUAUGAGAAUGUGAAUGUGAAGGAUUUUACGCAGUCCUGGAAGUCGGGACUCGCCCUGUGUGCUCUGAUCCACCACUUCAGACCUCAUCUCAUUGACAUGUCCUCCCUGGAUGAGUCCAACACUGUUCACAACAACCAGCUGGCCUUCAGUAUUUUGGAGAAGGAGCUGGGCGUCCCACCGGUCAUGUCUGCCAGUGACUUGGCCAAAAGUGGUCAGAUAGACAAGUUGUCCAUGGUCCUGUACCUCACACAGGUCCAAAGUGCCUUCACUGUGCCAGCAAAAGACCCUGCAGCCUUCCUGCCGUCGUCCAAGCCUCUGACUCUCUCCCAGACACAGUCAGCUGUCUUUUUCCUGAACAAGCUGAAGCACAACUCUCUGCAAAGACGCAAGGAAAAGCUGGCAGCUGAGAAAAGAGAAAGAGAGACAAGGAUGGAAGAUGAGGCCAGUACGGCGGUACCUCCUGUGUCCCCUCAGCUCAGCCCUACACCUGCUCCUGCUCCUGAACCUGAGCCUGAACCGAUGACAAACAGUGAGGAGUGUUACUUCUGUGGUCAGAGGGUCUAUGUGCUGGAGCGCAUCAGUGCCGAGGGCAAGUUCUUCCAUCGGAGCUGCUUCACCUGCCACCAGUGCGGCAUCACACUCAGACUGGGAGGAUACACCUUCCACCAGACUACAGGGAGGUUUUUCUGUGAGCUGCACUCUGAAGAACUGGAGCUGGAAAACGGGGCUGAAACAUCUUGUAAGGAUAGCGAAGGAACCCACAAAGGGACAAAUGUAGAGAACAGGCUUUCCAGUGAUGAUUACACACCAUCUCCAUCAGAUGAGGAGUAUGACCACACUCUGGACUGUGGUCCCUCUGCUCACUCACAGUCACAUAAACCUGAAGGACAGGACCACCAUAUACUUGAGUCCAAAGAAGAGUCGGAAGAACCGCAUAAAUCAAAAACUCCCACACAUCCUCCAUCUAAAACUGAGGAGGAGACAGUGCCCUACCCUGUCCCCAAGCCCCGCCUCUCUCAGCAGACCACGCCCAGCCCUCAGCCCUCCCCUCCAGUACCAAAACCUCGCACAGUCCACCUUUUUAACCCCUCCACUCCAGAAAAACAUCCAUCUCCAACCCCUACAAAGGAGAUCUCCAAGGCAGCACCUGACUCCAGACCCAAGCAGUCACUCCGAAAGCUUCAGCUGACCGAUGAGGAGAAAAGCCAACUCGUGAACCUUCAGAGCCUCAGCGCCGACUCCGACUCAGAGACUCCUGGUGGAUCCUCCUCCUGCUCCUCUUCCUCUGCAACUGCAGGAGGUCCAAGUCCUCCCAAGCCAGAAGGCCUGGAUGGGCAGGAAGAGGAGGGCUACUGGAGCGGGAGCACAGCUAGUCACAUUCGGGAGAAGAGGAAUCGACGCUGCUUCAGGAGAAAAGAGAUGCCAAGUGGGCAGACCAGGGUACGGUCCAAGUUUUCUCCCUGGAAUCUGUCCUCGCCGAGGAUCAGCAGAGACACCCGGCUCAGUGUCCUCAUUAAUCAUCCAGGGAGAGUGGAGACAACAUUCAGACACGCUCACAGCACCUCAGAGGAGGGUGUCGAUGGAGAUGAUGACGACGAUGACGACGAUGAUGAGAUGUUUGGGCGAGAUGAUGUUGACUUGUUUGAUGAGAAAUUUCAGACGAUGCCAUCAGACCCUGUCGAGGCUGAGAAGAUGGAGUUGAUAAAGAUGAGGACGCUGGAGCGGCGAGCCAAGAUGAGUGAAUUACAGCGCUUGCGCAAAGCCCAGUCCAUCCAGAGGAGACUGGAGGAGAUCGAGGUGACCUUCAAGGAGUUGGAGGAUAAAGGUGUUUUGCUGGAGCGAACUCUGCGAGGAGAGGCUGGCAGCAGCGGCUCCCCUGAAAUGAUAGAGCACUGGAUCCAACUCGUCCACGAGAAGAACGCGUUGGUGUCUGAGGAGUCUGACCUCAUGGUGGCGUCCCGACAGCUGGAGCUCGAAGACAAGCAGAGCAUGCUGGAGUUGGAGCUCAGGAAAUACAUGGAGUUGACUGAUAAGACACCAGAGCAGCAGAAAGAAGAAGAUCGUGUCCUUCAGCAGAUGAUUGACGUGGUGGACAUGAGGGACUCCCUGGUGUCGUUCCUGGAGGAGAAGAGGCUGAAGGAGAUAAGCGAGGAGCAGGAGGCCUUUUCCAUCAUGGAGGCCAAACGGCACUCAAAGGCAGGAGCUCAGGUUCACUGGGCGUAAGGCUGCAUGAACCUGUACCUGUACGUACUGUGCAGUAGAUGCACUCACGUCUACUGUGUAUGAGACUUGCUGCUUUCAGACUUGAGACUUAACUUUUGCAAAGCCAAAGAUGAUACAGAAUUGUUGCGGAGGGAAACCCACCACCAGCGGUCCCUCUGGGAGGAAGAGUGAAGGCUUAUGGGCCAGAGGCUGAGUGAGCAUCAGUUGCAGUCCGCCCCCUAGAGGGAGACAUAAGCCUGGGGAUCUGAGGCUUUGAGUUUACGUGUCCAAUAACUCUCCGGCUAAGCCCUGCCUGUACUGAUAGUGGGGUCACAGCAACAGACCACAAAUGAAAAAGGAUCCCGAGUGUGUGCUGCACUAUUGAACAACAACCACACAGCAAAUAAUCAUUGCCCAGCCUGGGACUUGACCUGGUUUUGGUGUCCGAAACAUGUGACUCAAGUGCAAAGCCAAGACUACGCAGCAUGAAACGACAGCGGUGUGGAGCCUGCAGCAGCUCUGGAACUUUAGAGAUAGAUCUAGGUUGAAAGCACAGGAUGGAUGUUUUUGAAAAUACUUUGAUGUUCUUGUUUAUUUUACUUGUGACAUCAUGAAUAAGUGCUACAGUACACAAUGACAUAUAUACAUAUCAUAAUUCUAUGUUUAAUAUUUGUACACUGAAUUCUAGAAAUAUGACGGUGGAGAAAAAAACUAAGGUAGUUAGAAUAUUAGAACUAUUAAAUUCCGUUAUUAGAUUUAAUUUUAUUAUCCAGUUGCUUUUUCCUUUAUGAAUAUUUUGGAUUUUGUAGCAUUUCCUCCUGUUCACCAUGACCUCUUCCCGUUGGCACGUUGGAUAGUUAAUCUCAGGGGUCGACCGUUCAGUCCUCUUGGGUCAGAGUUGGGGGUUUUUCACCGAUGGCCUUCAACAAGUCGGCUGCUCUUUAUAGUGGUGGUGUAUUAUACAAACACACGGGGAUCUGGAGUUAAAUGAGAAACAGACUUUAUCGGACUGCUUCAUCUAUUUAUAAUUACCAUCUUUAAUCAUUUGCAGGUGUUCCUAUUCAUGUGCUGGCAGAAUUGCCGAAAUCCAGACAAAGAGCAGUUUGUUGGUGAAAAGGAGCCUUAUACAUUCAUUGUUCUGCUGCCAUUUUGUGCCACCUGGACGGAACUUCACAGUAUAUCAAAUAAAGAUCACGCACUUUGA